UCGAAGUCCCGGAAGUACGGGUUGAAAACAAUCCGUUAGCAGUUAGCCAGCUGUCUUGUUAAAUAACUAGAAGCAAAAGGCUUUUCUCAACAUUUUUGCAGGAUCAUUUGAAGAAAUACACAUAUUCAACUGAUAUAAAAUGGGAACCAGAGAUGACGAGUAUGAUUAUUUAUUCAAAGUGGUGCUGAUCGGGGACUCAGGUGUGGGUAAGAGUAACCUGCUGUCCCGCUUCACUCGGAACGAGUUCAACCUGGAAAGUAAAAGCACCAUCGGAGUGGAGUUCGCCACGCGCAGCAUCCAGGUGGACGGGAAGACGGUAAAGGCUCAGAUCUGGGACACGGCCGGUCAGGAGCGCUACCGAGCCAUCACUUCUGCGUACUACCGGGGGGCGGUGGGGGCUCUCCUGGUCUAUGACAUCGCCAAGCACCUGACCUAUGAGAACGUGGAGCGCUGGCUGAAGGAGCUGAGGGACCACGCCGACAGCAACAUCGUCAUCAUGCUGGUGGGAAACAAGAGCGACCUGAGGCACCUGCGGGCUGUGCCCACCGACGAGGCUCGUGCCUUCGCUGAAAAGAAUGGUUUGUCUUUCCUUGAGACGUCAGCCUUAGAUUCGACCAAUGUUGAGACGGCUUUCCAGAGCAUUCUGACAGAAAUCUAUCGUAUUGUCUCCCAGAAGCAGAUGGCUGAGCGCCAGGAGUGUGACAUGUCUCCUAGCAACAAUGUGGUGAACAUCCAGGUGCAGCCCACAGAAAACAAACCAAAGAUGCAGUGUUGCCAGAACAUCUAACCCAGAACAUCUAACCCUAACCCAGAACAUCUAACCCUAACCCACAGUGUUGCCUUCACCCCCCCCCCCUGUAUUCUACCCAAAGUCCAUGUGGUUGCGGUAGGCUUUUCUUAUUACUUACAAUUUUUAAUUGUAGCCAACCUCCACCGUCAGCCAUUUUUCAAGGUUCCCGGUUUUAAAAACUCUCAUCAUAUUUACUCAUGUAUUUUACGCACAUCUAAAAAGCUCUUAAGUCCCCUCGCCCAGUGGAGCAGACUGUGUCCCGGAGAGACCAGCUCAGACUGUGUCCCGGAGAGACCAGCUCAGACUGUGUCCCGGAGAGACCAGCUCAGACUGUGUCCCGGAGAGACCAUCUCAGACUGUGUCCCGGUGAGACCAUCUCAGACUGUGUCCCGGUGAGACCAUCUCAGACUGUGUCCCGGAGAGACCAGCUCAGACUGUGUCCCGGUGAGACCAGCUCAGACUGUGUCCCGGUGAGACCAGCUCAGACUGUGUCCCGGUGAGACCAGCUCAGACUGUGUCCCGGUGAGACCAGUUCAAUGCAGAACAACAUGGUGACCCUGGCAAGCUCAGACCAGCUAAAGGUUCUUUAGCAUGCAGAGAUGAGGAGCAGAAGGGUUUUACACAUUGUCAAUUUGCUUGUAGUAUGCAUUUGCUUUUGCAUGUUUGAAACGGCUCUUGGCUGUGUAGCAUGUUUUAAACAAGGGAAUUCCUCUGACUGAUGGAAACAUGCACAUUGCCAAGACCAACUAUUAGACCAUAUCUAAUAAGCUGUUUGUAUAAAAAACAUUUCUUUUAAGCGUGAAGCAUUUUGUCCAAUACAUUUGUCAUAUACAUGGGAACACUACUAGUUUGAUGUAGACACGUUUCCUCUAAAUUAUGGCGUUUUGGUCUCAUGGAUAAUCGGUAAAGGAAAUAGUGUAAAAGCAUUUCCAGUUCCAACUUGGGAACAUGUAACAUUGGGAACAUGUAACCAUAGUAAAGCUGGAAACAUGUAACCAUAGUAAUGUUGGGAAUAUGUAACGGUUGACUGACGUGUUUUUGUGUGUAUCGUCAUUCAUUCAAAAUGGAGAUGAACAGAUGACGAGAAAUGAAUUCAUAUUACUGUUUUAAACGUGUUUCACAGGGCUAGAUAAUUUACAAAUGUAAAGUUUAUAAAUGUAACCACUUGCGACUGAACCUGAGAAUUUUUACUGACUUGAAUGAAGGACCCUUGUCUUGAAGAAGGCCAACUUUCAAUGUUGAUGGAAAAUAUCAAACAUGCUGUUGGGAAGGUUAACAGAACAAUGCAAUUCUCAUCCAAAUAAAAUAUUAAUAUCAUUUCAAAACUCAAGACGGUUUCCAAAAACAACGACAGUGUUUGUGUGUGGCCCUCCCAAAGAACGACCCACAGCUGCUCUCCCUCCCUGAUGUGGAGGACAGGUCCCGUCACCAUGCCAACCAGAUCACCCUCUCGUGUCCCGUCACCAUGCCAACCAGAUCACCCUCUCGUGUCCCGUCACCAUGCCAACCAGAUCACCCUCUCGUGUCCCGUCACCAUGCCAACCGGCUCACCCUCUCGUGUCCCGUCACCAUGCCAACCGGCUCACCCUCUCGUGUCCCGUCACCAUGAGCCUGGCUACACCACGCUGCCUCCCUGCUUCAGCAUGGUGUUGUACUCCACACAAGGGUUAAGCCUUACAAAGCUAGCUAAGCUCAUUGCUACUCAUGCCAUUAAGGUUUGUUCCAUGUACAUAUAAUUAUAUAUAUUAAUUUGUCUCUCUACUAAGAUGACUGUGUCCUGGCAGCGUAGUAGUUCUGUUCACGUUGGGGCAUUGCUAGCUGUAAUGUACCUUAUAAUCCACAUGCUUGGCUAGGAAGCUCCAUUAGGAUUAUUACUAAAUUUAGUUGUACUCUGUGCAGUGAUAUUAUUCUAUCUCUAUAAAAAGGCGACACAGCGGUAUCAAACUAAGGUGGACCUGAAACACAAACUUCACGAUUGUAGCUUGAGGCUAAAAGCAUUAGUAGAGAGUAGUAUACUCAGAUAUACAGACGCGACCUGUGUGAUGGCUGGCCACACCAGUGGCAUUGCUAGCCUGUCCUCAUACAUCCAGCUAGUUGUCUGAACUGGAAUGAACUGUCUUUUUUUGUGGAGUAUGUUUGCAUAUACCUCAAUUGUUUGCUUUACCUUUUGUUGAACUGUGUUUUGGUUAAAAAAAAAUCUCUUGAACAAUAAUGCAUUGCUGUUAAUUAAUGUGAGUGUAUAAGUAAAAAAAGCUACAUAUUUUUCAAUAUUUGUGGGGGUUUAUUUCUGUUGGAGUGUGUAAAGGGUGGAGAAUGACAUUUUGUACAGAUAUAUAUGAAUUUAACCAUUGUGUUCAUAUCUUUUAAGUUAUCAGUUAUCCUAGUAAAAGUGCACCAUUCAUGAAUGUCCAGUCCAGAAUCACAGCCUAAGACACACUGUCUGUACGUGUAUUUGACCACAUAAAUUGUAAUAAAGAAAUCAGAUGCUGAAAACA